AUGACUAACGUCUCUACACAACAGGGCCCUCAAUCGACGCAACAAAACGAGGGUGCUGCAGAGAGAGGUAUCAGGGAAAUCAAAAUAGGCAUCUCAGACGGCACUCAUUUAUGCCAAACAGCGUUGCAAAAGGCUGGCUACACCAAAGAACAGGCAUGGAUCAUCACCGACCACUUGGUAGACGCCGAAUUGCGUGGUCACCCCUUUGCUGGACUGGCACGUGCACUUAGCAUCAUCGAGCAUUUGAAAGUCUCAGGACAGGAAGCACACGGAACAAUCGAGGUGACACGAUCCGGACCGACCUAUGCCCAUCUGGAUGGACACAACUCAGUGGGUAAUCUGGUCGCAUAUGAAGCUACACGCAUUGCAGUGGAAAAGGCAAAGACGGUUGGUGUUUCGGUAGUCGGAGCCCACGAUCUGUGGUACUCAGGCAACCUCGCAUACUACGCCGAGAUGGCCACGCGUGAGGACUUGAUCGUCUUGAUUGCUUCAAAUGGAUCGCGCAUCGUUGCCCCAUACGGUGGAUAUGAACGAAAAUUCUGCACAAACCCGUUCUGCAUCGGCUUUCCAACCAACGACGUAGACCAGCCCAUCAUUUGGGAUAUUGGCACCAGCAAUAUCAUGUAUGCGCAAGUCAAGCUCGCGGAGAGACUACAUGCUGGCCUUCCUGAAGGAGCGGCAUUCGACGCCGAAGGCAACUUCACUACUGAUCCUUUGAAGGCGCUACAUGGUGCAUUGACAGCCUCGGGCGGUCACAAAGGGAGCGGUUUAGCCAUGAUGGUGCAGUUGCUGGGCAUUGCCGCCGGCAGCUCAGAGCCCACUCCAAUGAUGUCGGGCUUUGGAUACCUGGUUAUCGCCUUUGACCCUCAGAUUCUUCAACCUAUCGCACAUGUCAAAGAGAAUGCUGAAAAGUUUGCGCAAGCCAUCAGGGAGACCAAGAUGCUACCGGGGUAUGAUGCGGCGCGAAUGCCAUAUGAGGGAAGUUGUCGCAACAGAAGAGACGCCAGGAACAGGGGUUGGAUCCAGGUGGAGAAGAAGGUAAUUGAUGAUCUCAGAGAGCUUUGUUUGUAG